AUGACUAGCAAGAAUGACGUCCGUGAAGAGUAUAUUAAAAGAUUGCACUUGAAUGGUUCAGACUGCAGGAGUCUCGGAGAAAUCUAUUUCGAUAUUUUAAAGAACGAUGCAGACCCGAAUAAGAUCGCUUUGAUCGAUAAAUUUACCAAGAAGCAACUAAACUAUGGAGAACUUUUGGACGAAAGUUUGAGAGUGGCCGAAGAGUUAAAAACGCUGGGUAUUGGGAAAGGUGAUUUAGUUGGAAUCGUGUCAGGAAAUCGACCAGAGUUUUUCGUACCAGUCUUGUCGUGCUUUUUUAUCGGAGCUACUAUCCAUCCCACCAACGGCGUCUAUUUAUUAAGCGAGUUAAAAGACACGUUCAGCAUCUCCAAACCUAAAAUCAUUUUCACCACUGAGGAAAACUUGAAGAAGGUCCAACAGCUUCAAGCAGACACCGAUUACAUCAAGAACAUAAUUAAUUUCGAUGGGAAUUAUUUGAGUAUCAUUCGGGAACGAUCCGGACUGAAAAGAGAUGAAAUUGUUGAGAACAGCGAUCAUGAUUCUGCCGUGAUACUCAGCUCAUCGGGAACUACUGGUUUACCGAAGGGCGUAGUUUUAACGCAAAACAACAUUAAGUGCUCCUUCAAUUAUUUAAAAUAUCCAUACAUUGAUUUAAAUCCUGACAACGUUUUGAUCGGAAUGAUGCCCUACUUUCACGUCUUCGGAUUUCUACUGGGUAUUGGCAACAUUCGUAAUCUCUCGUUAACGGUUACAUUACAAAAGUUCCAACCCAACCACUAUUGCGAAAUAAUAGAAGAGUAUAAUGUGACUUCUCUUCAAAUCGUUCCAACUAUUGCGGUUUUCUUAGUAAAUCAUCCUAUUGUGAAAAACUAUGAUUUUUCUUCGGUCAAGGAUAUCUUAUGUGGUGGUGCUCCUUUAGGUGCAGAGACUCAGAUCUUCUUAAAACAAAGAUUUAAUUGCAAGAUCCGGCAGAUGUAUGGAAUGACGGAAACUAGCGGCGUAAUAUGUCUAAUGCCCAUAUGGAAGGAAUCAAAGAUUGGAGGUGUAGGAAAACCUUUUCCUUGGGUAGAUAUAAAAAUUAUCGAUAUUGAUACCAACGAAGAGAUGGCUUCAGGCGGAAAUGGUGAGGUAUGUGCAAAGACCAUACAAAAUACGAAUGGUUAUUUGAACAUGGAGGAAGAAACUACAAGUAUGUAUUUGGAAGAUGGUUACCUCCGCACCGGAGAUAUUGGUUAUUUAGACGAGAACGGCGAACUCUUCAUCGUAGAUAGAUUAAAGGAAUUGAUCAAGUAUAAAGGAUUCCAGGUUCCUCCAGCUGAAUUAGAAAACAUACUGAACUCGCACGAGUGCAUCGUGGAUUCUGGCGUAAUUGGAAUACCCGACCGAAGAGCUGGUGAACUUCCAAUGGCCUUUGUGGUCAAGAAAGAUAAUGCUGACAUCACAGAAGAAAUUAUCAAGGAAUUCGUAGCUGGUCACGUAUCCGCACACAAGCAGCUCCACGGUGGCGUCAAAUUUAUUAAUGAAAUCCCAAAGGGUCCAACCGGAAAGAUUUUACGGAAAAACCUCAGAGAGUUAGCAAUGACCCAUUAAUUAUUAUAUCUUUAU